AUGCAUUUUCUUCUUCUCGGCGCCAACGGGCGGACCGGCCAGCACGUUGUGUCUGAAUUGCUCUCUCACGGCCACACAGCGGUAGCUCUGGUGCGUAGUUCUAGCAGUCUUGCCACUCGUCCUGGCCUCACUGUCGUCACUGGAUCGCCACUGUCGAAACCCGACAUACGCAGUGCUUUGUCCGCAGUGCCUACUCUCACACCUUCAGCCGCGAUCGUUACAUUGAACGCCGUUCGCAAGUCCGAUAGCCCUUUCGCGGCUCAAGUCUCACCACCUCGAUUCCUGGCCGACUCGUGCGCCAACGUGUGCGAGGUUCUUGAGCAUGCUGGCAUACAUCGCAUCGUAGUUAUGUCGACAGCAGGCGUCGGGGAUUCAUGGGGUAAGCUGCCGUGGAUGAGUAAAGCAUUUAUGGGGUGGACCAACAUCAAGUACGCGCUCGAAGAUCACGGUCUCGUCGACAAGGAGAUUCGGCAGACGAAAAUGGACUGGACUCUUGUGAGGGCUGUGAGGCUGGACUUCGACGAUCAGAAGCAGAAGCCAGGCAACACUACAACGGAUGUGAAAACGCUGGGCGGCAAUGGUGAUGGAAUGCGAAUGACCGACAGCGUGGGUAUUGCUAGUGUGGCGAGGUUCUUGGUCAAGGUUGCAGUCGAAGAACUCUUUGUCCAAAGCGCAGUGGUUGUGACCAAUUGA